AUGCGAGCGUGCUGUUAUUCCUCGCACGCGAAGCUGUUUUUGUCGUCGUGCUGCAGGAGUAGUCGUGCGAAGAAGCAAAACGCGAGAAUAAUAAAAAGCAUCGCGCACGCGCGAGUGUUAUCAUCACACGACAGGAAUACGACGACGACGACGAUUGCUUUUGGUUCGUUUCCCGGGAGGAGACCAAUUCAGAAUUAUUGCGUAGCACAAAACGACUUCAUAAAGACGAAGACGAAGAUAAAGAAGCGCAAGUUUGCGACCACCUCUGCCACGAACAACAACAACAACAACACCAACGCUUUGUUUUCUGUCGGAGGUUUUAGUCGAUCACCUUUCACGGAUCCACCGAAAACGAUGAAGGAAAACGCGGAGAUUGUUUUGACACGAAAAGAGGACGAGGUGUUUUCGUUGCUCUUGGAUGUGGUGAAUAACGAGAAGAAAGGAGAAACUGAUGAUGGUGGGAAAGCGACGACGAAUGUGGCGGGUUUGACGUUGCGAGUGGCGGGAGGAUGGGUGAGAGAUAAAUUGCUCGGGUUGGAAUCGAACGAUAUCGACGUCGCUUUAGAUAAGUGUUUGGGCGCGGAAUUCGCGGCGAAAGUGAACGAGUAUUUAACGAGUAAAGGCGAAGAAAUCAGCGGCGUCGGCGUGAUACAAUCGAACCCGGAACAGUCGAAACAUCUCGAGACGGCGACGAUGAAAGUCCGAGACGUGUGGUUGGAUUUUGUGAAUUUGCGCUCGGAGUCGUACGCGGACGAGUCGAGAAUUCCAACCAUGAGUUUUGGAACGCCUUUGGAGGAUGCCAUGCGACGGGAUUUGACGAUUAACGCGUUGUAUUAUAACUUGAACGAGAAGAAAGUGGAAGAUUUUACCGGGAAAGGGAUCGAGGAUUUGAAAAUCGGGUUGUGCCGGACGCCGUUGGAGGCGAAGAGGACUUUCGUGGACGAUCCGUUGCGGGUUUUGAGAGCGGUGAGGUUUGCGUCCAGGUACGCUUUCACGUUGGCGGAGGAUAUUGGAGUGGCGGUGGAGGACGAACAAGUCAGAGAAGGGUUGAGAACGAAAGUGAGCAGAGAACGAGUCGGGAAGGAAGUGGCGGGGAUGUUGCGAGGACCAAAUCCGCACUUGGCGGUGGAGUGGGUGACGAAAAUGAAAAUGGGCGGCAUCGUGAUGGAUUGCGAGGAGACGUUCUCGAUGGAAAUGCAAGAGUUUGGCGUGAAAGCAGUCGCAGUCGGGAUGCGAGUCGCCAUGGCGUUAAAGAUGUUUGAAGGGGUCACGGAAGGCGCGGAUGGUAGCGAGGAGACCGAUCGCAAAGAACGGUUUUAUUUAGCCUUGUGGCUGCUAGGAUUAAGAGAGAGUAAAGCGUUUACGAAGAAGAAGAAAGAAGUUCCUUUGAGCGAAGUGGUCGUGAUGGAAUCGUUAAAGUUACGAAACAAGGACGCGGAGAGCGUCGUGCGAACGCACUCGAAUAUCGACGGGACGAGAGAUGUUAUUUUUGACAACUUGAAAACGUUCACGAGAACCGAAGCUGGAUUGAAAAUUCGUUCGAUCGGGAAAGAUUACGAUAUAGUUUUUAUCGUCGCGGCUGUAGAAGAUGCGUUAAAACAACAAAAUAGUGGUGAUAUCGACGAAGGUGCCGUCGCGGAAAGCGUCGCCGAAAAGUGCAAAGAGGCGUUUUCGAGAGUGAGAGACGAGUUUGAACUUGUCGAUAGAAAAGAUAGCGUUGGUAAUCCGUGGGAAUUAAAACCCGUUCUAGAUGGUAAAGAGGUGAUGAAAGCAGUAGGAAUGGAGAAACCUGGACCGUUGUUAAAGCAAUGGAUAGAGAAAACCGUGGAGUGGCAGUUUGAGUUUCCGGGAAUGGAUAAAGCGCAGUGCGAAGCCAAACUCAAAGAUUCCAGUCGAACGUAA